AUGUUUGCUGCACUGUGCACGUAUAUGAACCCUGGAAAUGCUCUUCACCUGUGGAACACUCACAAGGAAUCCAUAAUUGAAGAUUUCUUUCACCAAGGCUUUUCUUCAUAUAUUUAUUUUUUAGAUGUCUACUGUUUUUUUCCCUCUUUUUUACCUUCUUUUUUUAAUUCUAAUAUUUUUUUUCUAUCUUUUUUCUUUCUUCUUUUUGUUUUCUUUCAUUCUUUCUUUCAUUCUUUCUUUAUUUUAUUCUUUAUUUAUUUAUUUAUUUAUUUCAUUCUUUCUUUCUUUUAUUCUUUUUUCUUUCUUUCUUCCUUUCUUUUAAUCCUUUUUUCUAUCUUUCUUAUUUCACUCUUUCAUUCUUUUUUUCAUAAUAUCUUUCUUUUAUUCCUUCUUCCUUUCUUUGAUUGUUUCUUUUUGUUUUUCUUUCAUUCUUUCUUUCGUUGUCUCUUUCUUUUAUUCCUUCUUUCAUUCAUUCAUUCAUUCAUUUUUUCUUUAUUUUUAUCUUUCAUUCUUUCUUCAAUUCAUUCUUUCUUUUAUUCUUUCUUUCUUUCUUUCUUUCUUUUCGUUAGAUUUUUCUCUUUUUCGCUUAUUUUUUCCUUGAGUUUAUUUAUUUAUUUUUUUUCGUUUUCAUUUUCACUGUUUCUUUCUCUUUCUUGCAGAUUUUAUUUUUUUCUUUUUCAACCGAAUUCUUUCUUCCUUAUUUUUCUUUGGUCAUUUCUCUUUCCUCCUUUCUUAAUUCAUUAUUUUUUUUCUUCUCUUUGGUUCAUUCGUUCCUUCAUUUUUCUUUCUCUGCUAUCUUCACCGUUGCUUCCUCAUUCCCUUUCUCAACGUCUUCCCUUUUUUCUUUCUGUCUUUCUUUCAUUCUUUUUUUUUUUCUUUCUUUUUUGGGAAAUAUUUGUUUUGUCUUCAUCUUCUUUUUAUUUUCUCUUUAUAUUUCAUUCUUCUUUUAUAAUUAAUUCUUUCUUUCUUUCUUUCUUUCUUUCUUUCUUUCUUUUUCUUUCUUUACUAUAUGCUUCAUUUCUGUUUUCUUUUCAUAUUUUAUUCAUUCUUUUAUUAAUUCAUUUUUCCUUCAUCAUUACUUUAUUUCUUUCUUUGGCAAUUUAUGUUUUCUCUUUAACUUCCAUUUAUUCUUUCACUCAUUCUUCUGUUCACCAUUUCUUCCUUUCUUUUUUUCUUUCUUUCUUUUUUUGUCUUUCUUUCUUUCUUUUUUCUGGUUCACUUUCCUUUUCUUCUUUCCUUAACGCUUCUCUCAUUCCUUUAUUUUUAUUCAUUUAUUCUUCAAAUCCUUCCUUCAUUACGAAUUAA